AUUCGCCACCUGAUUGAUAACAGUGUAAGAACAAACAUGUUCCUCCGGCUAGGAAUUAGCCUUCUAUAAGCCUGCCUCAGCAACGAUCUGCCAUGUCUAUCAGAAAACGAAUGAAUAUGGGGAUGUUCUAUAUGACCUUGGAUGUACACAAGCCUCGAUGUGUCUUAAUUGAACCUAUGGCAAUCAUGCCACUUGUGACGACUGCUGUUAUAGUGACCUGUGCAACGCUGCCGGAUGCGGAAAACCGGGUGUGCUUGUUCUAUGAAGAACGUGAAUUUGGUGACAGUGUCUACACAUACAAAUGCGCUGUGUUAUCGCAAUGUGAACGCUACAAGCUGGACAAUUUGGCAAUAGUUGGCAGGUCCUUAUCAGCGGAACAGAGAUCUGUAACGGAAAUUAUCUGCGAUCGUUGCUGCAAUGGAGAUCUGUGCAACAAACAUUGCAGUUACAAGGACUGCAAGGGGACUGGAUCCUUCACUAAUGUCUCUGGUGUGUACAGCGUGCGACCAGAGGGGACAAAUGAAGACAUUGAAGUGUACUGUGACAUCACAACAGACGGAGGUGGUUAGACGGUUUAAAGUUCAUACAUGCAAUGACAUACAACGUGCGAUCAGAACUACGGAUUGACUUGAUGGCGGCUGAUGGAUCUACAGCGUUUGAAGUGUUCCCAAAUUUCAGACUGUCGACUGCUCCUAAUUGCACGCUGCAUGUCAACCAAGGACAUGGAACAGCUGGUGACAGAGAAGGAUUGUCCAGUGACAACGGAUUUCGAUUUUCUACGUAUGAUAACGAUACCAGUAUCACCUGUGCCAAACGAUAUCACGGAGGAUGGUGGUAUAGCUACUGUACAAAUGCGAAUUUGAAUGGAGAAUAUUUAACUCCUGAUACAUCCGCUGCAACCGGAAUUUUUAUAAGGAUUUUAGACAAAAUGGUUCAAUGAAAAAGGCAAAAAUGAUGUUCAGGAGAGUUUAGCAUCUUGAUUCUUAUGUAUCCAGUGUAGACACACAUGACUAAUGGAAAUAUAGAACUGUACUAUUUAUGAAUAUUUUUUCUGUCCAUUGAAUACACCUCUU